AUUUGGUUUUUCGCGAAAGGUCAGAGGUUACAUCUCCAUGUGAGCUGAUUUUGGCGUGUGGACCAAUUUUAAUUUACUGUCUCAGAAAGACCCCUGUCUGUUGUGUAGAUUGUGAAAGGGUUUGUGAACCAGAUAAAGAAGAAGGGAUGCUACCUUGAUCCGGUUGGUCUAAACAACAAGGAUUAUAGCCUACCACGUCAAACUUAUAAUGAUGAAGGUGUAGCUACAUUUGUGUGGAGACUUGGGUCAUGGUGUCGUCGCUUUAACCAGCGCAGAAAAAUGUAUUGUCUUUCGUAUCUGAAACAGGUCGAUUGAUUUGGUUGUUACUUGCCCGACCGAUCACUGUUUGUAGCGAGGAGUGGUUCCACGCUGAACACAAUGAUUUAAAAGAAGCAUUUGAAUAAACGCAUGAUAUGCUAAAAUUGCUGCGGAUUCUUCAUGUUUUACCAAAUCCAAGAGCUGUAUGUGAAGGAUCGAAAGUCAGAGGGUUGGUCUUACAGUGUGAAGGUUUGCGCAAUUUUCAUUCGUCCGGCAAGAUGAAAAGAUCCGCAGAGGAUAAUGGUGCUCCUGUUGAUGCGGGACGCGUCGAGAAGAAGCUGAAAGAAGCUGAAGACCAAAGUCAAGAGGAGAAAAGACUUCCUAAAAGAAAAGUGGUAUUGCUAAUGGCGUAUUCAGGCAAAGGAUAUUACGGUAUGCAAAGAAAUCCUGGCUCUGCCCAAUUCAAAACCAUAGAAGAUGAUCUAGUGACUGCACUGGUGAAGGCCGGCUGCAUCCCAGAGAAUCACAAAGAUGAAAUGAAGAAAAUGUCUUUUCAGAGAUGUGCAAGAACCGAUAAGGGUGUUUCCGCUGCAGGUCAAGUGGUGUCUCUCAAGCUCUGGUUGAUUGAGGACAUGGUAAACAGGAUCAAUGCCGAACUUCCACCCCAGAUCAGAAUCUUAGGUUUCAAGAGAGUCACAGGUGGCUUCAACUCCAAAAACAAUUGCAAUGCCAGGACCUACUCGUACAUGCUUCCCACUGUGUCCUUCUCACCUAAGGACCAUAACCAAGAGGACAUUGACUUCCGCCUAGAGGCCUCCACACUGGAAUGGGUGAACCGCCUGUUUGCCCGCUUCAAGGGCACCCACAACUUCCACAACUACACGUCCCAGAAGGGCCCCAGGGACCCCAGUGCCAAGCGCUACAUCACACACAUGACCUGCGGCGAGCCCUUUCUGCGACAGGGCGCCGAGUUUGCGGUCAUCACCGUGCGGGGCCAGAGCUUCAUGAUGCAUCAGAUCCGCAAGAUGAUCGGCCUGGUGAUCGCCAUCGCGAAGGGUUACGCCAGCGAGGAGUUGAUGGAGCGCAGCUGGGGCGAGGAGAAGGUGGAUGUGCCCAAAGCGCCGGGCCUCGGCCUGGUGUUGGAGAGGGUGCACUUUGACCGCUACAACAAACGCUUUGGAGGGGACGGGCUCCAUGAGACUCUGGAGUGGACCAAGGAGGAAGAGGCCAUUGCAGGCUUCAAAGAUGCUCACAUCUACCCCACCAUUGUGGAGACGGAGAGAGAUGAGAAGUCCAUGGUCAACUGGAUGGCCACGCUGUCCAUUCAUGACUUUGAGGCAACAGCAACAGGAAAACAGGAAAUGCAGAGUGGAGAACAGGAUGACGAUGAUGAAAAUGGAUCAGAUUGAUUUGAACAAUCAUGGAACACAUUUUCUUUUCCUUUGCCUUUUAUCAGAUUCAGACUUCUGAGCAAAAUGCAAGGUUUUUUAGUUUAAUGAUUAUGUCUUGAAUAAAUGUUUGGUUUUAAA